AUAAAGAAAUUGUAAUUCAAUUUUAGGGCUCCAAUAUUUAAAACAUCUUAUGUAACUUGUGAAGUUUUUAACCUACAAAGUGUUGUGAAACAAAAUGAUUUUUGGGAAGCUUUUUCCGAAUAAUUUAUUGGCUUCUUACGUAAAAAAUCUUCGUACCAGGGCAAAAGCAACGUUGAGCAAUGAAACGAUUUCGAAGUCGCUAAAGGACUCGUUGAAAUUGAGUAAUUUUAGUAGCCAUUCGAUAAGACUGUUCAAAACAUGGGUUAGCCAGUGGGAAUACAUCUUGGCAUUUCGUAUCAGGAAAGGACACCAGCUAAUUUGUAUUUACUAUCGUUUUUGGAACGAAAAAAAUUUAAAGGAACUUUUGAGGCAACUGAAAUUACAACUUUUCAAGAACAGAAAGGAUGUCAUGCUAGCUGUAGUUGGGGCUUCUGUGUAUGACUGGAACACCAAUCGUAUCAAAGAUGAAGAAAUGGUCAAGCAUUUUGAUGCAUUUAAUUAUGCAUAUUUGCUAAAAUCCAAGACCAUAUCAUGUUCUACAUGUACUGAAAGGAAAGUAGAUAGUAAUAAUGUUGGUUAUAUAAAUGUUUCUCAUUGUGCAGGUAAAGAUCGUCAGACUUACGACGAGUGGUCUGUAUUCAUCGAGAAACAGGAUAUGAUAGUAUGGAGAAGGCCCCAUUCUUCUGGCAAUUUUGAAUACAAAGUCUAUGGGUCUUAUCAUGAUGUAUCAGGUGAAGAUUUUCUUAAUGUACAGAUAGAUACAAAAUACCGCAAAGAAUGGGACAAUACAGCAAUUCAACUAGAUAUAGUAGAGGCUGAUCCAAAUACAGAGUCGAAUAGUGACAUCAUUUACUGGGAAAUGCAAUGGCCAAAAUUCUUCACCAAUCGUGACUAUGUGUUCAACCGUCGUUUUACAGUGGAUUGCGACAAAAAGAUAAUCGUCAUAAUUAGCCAAAGUACAACACACCCUUCGUGUCCAGUUCAAAAGGAUAAAUAUAGGGUGACAGACUAUUUUUCUGCAAUGGUUGUUAAACCAUACACCGAACUAGACAAGCCUGGUAUCGAAUUCGUCCUAACUUACUUCGAUAACCCUGGAGUUAACAUCCCCAACAGCAUUAAUUCGUGGGUGGCAAUGAGGGCCAUGCCUGAUUUUCUAACUCGUCUCAGGGAAGCAACGAAACACUACAAACCCUUCUGCGAACGAACAGGUAAUAGCUGUAUUUGCACUUUGGAAGAUCGAAGUGGCGAACGAAAACGUAAAAAGAAGAAGUGUGACAGAAAGCCGAAACUUGUUGGUAACGUAGCAAAUGACGAGGUAUUUGGACUUAAUGCUGGAGAACUUGAAAAAGCUUUUGAAAAUAUAAAGGAAAAUGUGGAACAUAAAUUAGACGACAUAAAGGACGACAUAAAAAAAGUUCUGAGUAAAAUUAAAGAGGACUUGAAGGAAAAUUAUAACAUAGAAGAUAAGAAUAAGAAAAUCAAAAGGGGAACGAAUGAUAACUCGAGGGACGAUUACUCGGAUGCAGAGAACAAUGAAAAUGAAGAACACCAUAAAAAGAAAACUAAUAAAGAACAUCCUGUAAAACCAAAAAAACCAAACGUUGCCGGUGCCAAUAAAGAAGCUGAGGAAAUACUUAUUUCUCCUACGCCUGCUGUAAGAAAUGAGCAAGACAGGAAAAAGUUUUGGAGACAUUUCUACGACUACGACUAUUAUCACAGAUGAUGGGGAUAGUUUAUGUUAUCCAAUUUUUUAUAUUGUAGAAGUAGUACUUAUCCUAGUUAACCAUACUAAUUAAUUGUCAACAGGUAACACAAAACAAAAAAAGAGAGAAUUUAAGCGACUUUAAAAAUGCCAAAUAUGUGUAACACA